AUGGCGGAAGUGGAGGAAAAGCUGAGGGAGCUGGUGCAGCAGCCCGACCAACGUCUGCGGGACUUCGCUUAUGAUUACAAGGCCCUGUGUCUCAAAUGGAAACCGGAUAUGCCCGAGGAAGAAAUCGUGAGACGCAUACUUAACAACACAAAUCCAAAAGUAGCGGGGUGUUUGAGAGGAACUGUCCAUACGGUCACAGACCUGGUGAAAGUGGGGUCCAUGGUGGAGAAAGACUGUGGUAGCGCUAAAGGCUAUUGGCAGAAAGUGCAUGCCUCCACCGAGGGAACUGGGAAAAGGGCCCUAGAAAAAAGAGGCGGGAAUAAAUUCAAUGCAGUUGUCACCCAACCUCCACCGCCCCAAAUGCCGAGAGCAGAGCUGCUGUUGGUUCCUCUUACCAUAUGCAAUGUCCAGGGAGUAGCUGUGGUGGAUACCGGAAGUACCUACACGCUCAUGCGAGAGGGUCUAUGGAGGAACCUCCAUGGCACCUCAAGAGACUUGAUUCCAUCAGAGGACCAGAGGUUUGUCAUGGCGGAUGGAACCGCGCAUGUUGCCCUGGGAAAACAACGCUUCGGACUGGACUGGCAUGGUCGAAAGCUGAGUGUCGAGGCGCAUGUUAUGGACGACAGACAUCUCGCUUUUCCCAUGAUAAUCGGACUGGAUUUUCUGACUGAUGCUGGGGUUAUCCUAGACCUGGCUAAACGCACCGGGUCCAUGGACGAGAACUGUUCCGAGGGUGCAUUUAUAUUACGCACCCCAACCGGGCAGAUUCCUGCCAUGCUGGACCUCGUAUCCGCUCAUGAUGAACUCUGUCUCUGUCGACCAGCCCAAUGA